GGCCCAGGAUGGGACCUCCCUUUGCUGGGGCCCAACCAAGCCGGGGCUGGAAGGCCCCGUCUUUGGCAGGACGGCACCAUGGCGGACUACACACGUUUGGCCGGUUCUCUGGCUGUGCUCCGCAUCCGGAACCCGCCAGUCAAUAGCAUUGGUAAAGCUGUGAUAGAAGACCUGAUGGAAGGCCUGAGGAAAGCCAAAAUCGACCCAGCUGUGAAAGCCGUCAUUCUCUGUGGAGCAGAUGGAAAGUUCUCUGCAGGUGCUGAUAUUCGAAACUUUGCUGGCCCUGUACAGAUGACCCAUUCAUUGGGCAGCGUCAUUGACAUGCUAGAGAAAAUGGAGAAACCUUUGGUGGCUGCCAUCCAGGACCUGGCUCUGGGAGGAGGGCUGGAAUUGGCGCUGGGAUGCCACUACAGGAUUGCUGAUGCCAAGGCUCGAAUCGGUGCCACAGAGGUCACCCUUGGACUUAUCCCUGGUGCAAGAGGGACCCAGCUUCUCCCUAGGCUCAUUGGGGUACCUGCUGCCCUUGACCUGAUCACCUCAGGGAGACACGUUCUGGCUCCUGAAGCACUCAAACUGGGGAUACUGGACAAAGUCGUCAACUCUGAUCCACUUAAGGAAGCCAUCAAAUUGGCCAAAGAAGUUUCUGGUCGGCCGAUCGGUUCCCGGAGACUCAUGACGAGGCAGGUUCCGGCGCUGCCCGACGAGGACAGGGUUUUCCAGGAAGCCCUGCGGCAGAUCAGGAAGAAGUACCCAGGGUGCAUUUCUCGGGAGGCCUGUGUCCGAGCCGUCCAGGCUGCGGUCCGGCACCCCUACCCAGAAGGGUGCCAGAAGGAGAAGGAGCUCUUCAUGUACCUUAAGGACUCGGGGCAGUGCAAAGCCUUGCUUUAUGCCUUCUUUGCUGAGAGAUCUGUGAGGAAAUGGUCGACUCCCUCCGGGGCCUCCUGGAAGACCUCCCGGGCUCUGCCCGUCUCCGCGGCCGCCGUCGUGGGCUUGGGAACGAUGGGACGAGGCAUUGCCGUGUCUCUGGCCUGGGCCGACAUCCCUGUCAUUGCCGUGGAGCAGGAUGAGAAGCAGCUGGAGCAGGCCAGACAAGCGAUUGUGGCCCUCGUGGACAAGGAAGCCGUCAGGCGGAAGCAGAGUGGCCGCGAGUGGAGCCCGCCACGGAUCAGCUUCUCCACAUCCCUGGCUGAGGUGGCAGCGGCGGAUCUGGUGAUCGAGGCGGUGUACGAGGACAUGGAGCUGAAGAAGCAGGUCUUCAGGCAGCUGUCGGCCCAGUGCAAGCCUUCGGCCCUUCUGUGCAGCAACACGUCAGCCCUGGACGUGGACGAGCUGGCUCUGGCCACGCGGCACCCUGCGCAGGUCGUCGGCACCCACUUCUUCUCGCCGGCUCACGUGAUGCCUUUGCUGGAGGUCGUCCCCAGUCGGUAUUCCUCCCCUGCUGCCAUCGCCACCAUCAUGAGUUUGGCCAAAACCAUCGGAAAGGUGGGCGUCGUGGUCGGCAACUGCUUCGGGUUCGUGGGCAAUCGCAUGCUGACCGCUUUCAGAGAGCAGGCUCAUUUCUUGGUGGAAGAGGGCAGCCGGCCAGAGGACGUUGACGCGGCUCUGGAGGAGUUUGGCUACAGGAUGGGCCCUUUUCGUGUGGCAGAUCUGGCCGGGCUGGAUGUGGGUUGGAGAUCGCGAAGGGGUCAAGGCCUCACCGGGCCUGCGUUACCCCCGGGAACACCUGUGCGCCGCCGCGGCAGCCGGCGGUAUUGCCCCCUUCCCGACCUUCUGUGUGAGCACGGGAGGUUUGGCCAGAAGACCGGCAAAGGCUGGUAUCGGUAUGACCAAGCCAUGGGCCGGAUUCCCCAAGUGGACCCCUGGAUUUCCAAAUUCUUGUCCGAGUACAGGCAGAGACACCUCAUUGAGCCGCGGGUCGUCAAGCCAGAGGAGGUCCUGGAGCGCUGCGUGUAUUCGCUCAUCAAUGAAGGCUUUCGGCUCUUAGCAGACGGCAUGGCUGCAGGCCCCGAGCACAUCGAUGUCAUCUACAACAAUGGUUAUGGAUGGCCCAGGCACAAAGGAGGGCCCAUGUUCUACGCCUCCACCGUGGGGCUCCCCACCGUCGUAGAGAAACUGCAGAAAUAUCACCAGAAGAAUCUGGACAUCCCCGCGCUGGAGCCCUGCGAUCUUCUGAGGAAACUGGCCUCCCAGGGAAAUCCUCCUCUUCGGGAAUGGCAGAGCUUGGGGGGUCCUCUGAUGGGUAAACUGUGACGUCCCUCCCCCGGGUUCUCCAGGGGGGAGCCUUUCCUCCCAACCUCAGGCAGACACAGUCAGAAUAAAUAGAAACUCAAUCCAAGGUUUGUAACAAGCUUGCAAAGCAAAAUCUACGGAGAAAUCCUGGGCACGGUUGGCCACUCUCUCUCUGUAGGGUUGAUUCUGUUGGGUGAUUCUACUAGUUCAAUACCAUAAAUAGCGUAUGAACCAGAUCCUCCAGAAGCAUCUGCUCAUGAAGCGGCUUCCCAGGCACCGGAAUCCAUCUCUUUUGACUUGAUUCCGUCCAGUGAAAACAGUCUGGUCUGGUCGUGUCUCAAAAGAAGUGGUUCUAGGAACAUGCAGGAUCCAACCAUUUGUACUAGCUCUCAGCCUGUGCCUCUUCUCCCUUUCUUGCAAUAGCCAGUCAGUGCCUUUACUUCUGUCCCUCUCUUCCAAGUCUUUGGAAAUCAGGUGUCUGACCUUGUCAUUCAACAAAAACUAUUCUCACUAGUUACCAGAGAAUUCUUCUUUGUUAGCUCUGCUGGCCUUUGUUUGGGCCUCAUUCUUUGGACCUAUUCACCAUCUCCUCUUGGAUAGUCUCAUCUCUGGAACUUAGAACGAUUGUUCUGUCUCAGUUCUACUUCAACUGGUCUGACUGCAGGAUUUCUCCUUGGACUUCCUCUCUUCUUCCUCUAGAUUCUCUCAUUUGGCGACUUCAUCAGUUCUCAUGUCUUUGAAAAUGACUCCCAGAUGUAAGGAUCCAUCCUCAGUCUUUUGAGCACCAGUCCAGAAUCAUCCGUUGGCUGAUAGGGAUUUCAAAUUAAAUGUCCCAUUGGCAUCUCAAAUUCAACAUGUCCAAAAUGAACGUUUAUCUUUCCUCCCAAAUGCUCCCCUCUUUUGAACUUCCCCAUUCUUAUCAAAGGCAGGCGAGCCAGCCUAGCUAAAGUAACAAGGAACCCUGAGGGAGAGACAGAAAGUGGCACGUGCCAAACAAGUCCGAUCACCAGGACCACCUUGACUUCCUCCUCCUCCUCCUCUCAAACCCCCAUGGAGAUGGCCCAAGACCCCUAACUCAAAAGUUUUGGAAACAGGGUCUCUCACCGCAUUGGCUCUCCUUCUGGCCUCUGACCUUGGAGCCAUAUUUGAAAGCAGUAACCAUCAUAGAGGAGUUGCCAUUUUUACCAACAGCAACACCAGCUGCCACUGAUGGGCAGGUAAACCUAAAAUCCUGGCCAAGCUAGCAUCUUCCAGCCUAAGGGCUAUGCUUCCAACCUAGCCUCAACAGCUAUCAGCCUAAGACGCAUCCCCUGUAUCUGCAAUGCUGAGACCAAAGCUUCUAAAGAUACAGAACAAAAAAGUCACCACAUUCAAAAUCCUUGCCACCCAGAGAACUGGAAAUUGAUAGAAUGUCCUUCAAUGGACAAUGACUAAACAUGUCGUGGCAUAUGAGGGCGAUGGAAUAUUGUUGUGCUCUAAGAAGUGAUGAAGAGGACGGUUUCAGAAAAGUUUGGGAAGACUUAUAUGAACUGAUGCAAAGUGAAAUGAGUAGAACUAGGAGAACAUUUUAUAUAGUAACAAUAUUGUUUGAUGAUUGCCUUAGCUAUUCUCUGCAAUACAUGGAUCCAAGGCAGUUCCUAAGAACUUAUGAUGAAAAUUACUAUUCACCUCUCAAAAAGGAACUAAUGGGAUCAGAAUAUAGAUUGAAGCAUACUUUAUUUUUCUUGUGUUUUUUUUCUUUUUCUUUUAGCCUGCAUUUUCUUUUGCAACAUGGCUAAUAUGAAAAUGUUUUGCAUAAUUGCACCUGUAUAAUCUAUAUUAAAUUGCUUCUCAAUAAUGGGAGAGGGGACGGACAGAAUUUGGAACUCAAAAUUAAAAAAAGAAAUGUUAAAAAAAUUACAUGUAAUUGAGAAAAGAGUAAAAUAAGAAAUCAAAGGUUAAAAAAAUAAGUGAAGGCUGGGAUGGGGAAGGAAGAAGACUAUAUGGGGAAAUUUUGGUUAUAUAACAACAAAAGAUAUUAAUAAAAAUCUAUUUAAAACAAAACAAAAACAAAAGGAAAUAGAAAACAGAUCACCACACUCUGUAUCAAGCCCAUAUUAAAACAUUUUGGUCCUAUAGUUUAAAAAAUCCUUGCCACUAUCAAAUGAUUCAACAUCAGAAGUGGAGAAAAUUUUAUUUGUAGAAAUGGUAUUAUAGAAGAAGCACUCUUUGGUGCAGCACCCUAAGGAUCAUGGGACUUUUCCAUCUGAUGUGCUGCUGAAACCUUCCCUAUAUGUUGUCUUCCCUGUUAGAAUGGGAGCUCCAUGAGAGCAGGGACUGUCUCUCUUUCUAUUUGUAUCUUCUGUGCUUUGUACACAAUAAGUGCUUAAUAAAUGUCUGUGUCUCCAUUUA